AUGGAUGUACUAGCUAACAAACUGGAUAACGCUUCUGUUUCACGCCAAAUUGGGUAUCAUCCUCGUUGUAAGAACAUCGGUUUAACGCAUCUUAGCUUCGCUGAUGAUCUCCUGAUUUUUUCAGAUGGUAAGGUGAGAUCCAUAGACGGUAUUGUCCAAGUUUUUGAUGAGUUUGCGAAGUGGUCAGGGCUCAGAAUCAGCAUGGAAAAGACGACAAUUUACUUAGCGGAGCUUACAGAUGCGGUUCAUCAAGUGAUAGCUGCUCGGUUCUCAUUGGCAGUGGGUUCUCUUCCGGUUAGAUAUCUAGAACUCCCACUUGUCACUAAGCGUCUCUCCUCUGCGGAUUACCUUCCUCUAAUUGAGCAUGUUAAGAAGAAAAUAUUAUUUGCAACUUUUGGAUGGCUGCGUAUCGCCUACCGAGAAUGCAUACGAUCAGUGGAGAAGCUUUAUUCUGCUUAUCUGUGGUCUGGUGCUGAUCUUAAUACUAAUAAAGCCAAAGUAGCGUGGGUGGACGUUUGUAAGCCGAAGUUUGAGGGAAGAUUAGGCCUGCGAGCUCUCAGAGAGGCAAACGAUGUAUGUUGUUUGAAGCUCAUCUGGCGUAUUAUAUUAUGUGGAGAUUCGUUGUGGGUCCAGUGGGUCAGACAAUCGUUGCUUAAGAAUACUUCUCUUUGGUCUGUUGAUGUCACACAAUUAGGAUCAUGGAUGUGGAGGAAAAUUAUAAAGUAUAGGGAUGCAGCAAAACUACUCUCAAAAACCACUGUCAAGGAUGGCACGCGGACAUCAUUUUGGUUUGAUAAUUGGUCAAGUAUGGUUCUCGCCAUCGCCUCUAGUCAAUGGACAGACCAAACGACGGAUUUUCUUGCGCGAUACAUUUUGCAGGCAGUUGUUUACACCCUUUGGCAGGAGCGAAAUGAUCGUCGUCGCGGCACCACUCCCACUUCCCAAGCUCAGCUUAUACAUCGGAUUAACCGUAAUGUCCACAAUCAGCUCCUUGCCAUCCAGCUCGGUGGUGAUACGCGAUAUCAGGAUGGUCUGGCACUGUGGCUCGCUUCCCGAUUUGAUCCUCACUGA